AUGAUCGUUUUUAAUUACUUGCUGUGGCUGGUAGCUUACUCGAUAGUCCUCCUAAGUGUGUCCCUUGCAUUCAUUCGAGAGUCCCAUUCGCUUGUAUCAAAAUCGAGUUUGUUAAAGAGGGCGCAGGGUGGGAACUGCUAUCUGGUAAGAAGCCAUGUUAAGAGAAGGAAGAAGUCACUUCAACUGCGCCCUCCUCCAAAUGGCGAUGAGGACAGAUGUAUAAGAAGGUAUCAUAUCUUUUACUACCAUGAUGAGGGAGGAGGAGGCCAUCACCAUAGGAGGAACUCUGAAUUUGUUCGCAGCUUUAACAAAAGGAACUGCUUUUUAAAACCAGCCAUUUGUGCAAAAAGUGAGCAACAUAAAAAACUGUGGGCAGAUGGCGGGGCUUCUUCAGAUAAAGGCGUAGACCAUGCGAUGAGUGAGAGUGGAGAGGGAGAAGCCAGAGACAGAGACAAGGUCCCCCUUGAAGAAGUAGGACGAACUGAUGAGGACGAUGAAUUCGACCUUAUUAGCGAUCACAUAUUAGUUAGAAAAAAUAGGAAAUCCAUAAAAGAUCUUAUGGAAGCAGGUAUAUGGGGAACUCCAAAAGAGAACCUCAAAAUGAUUAGAGAAAGGACAAACAAAAAAAUAAAUUGGAAUUAUAUUUUAAAAAAGAAUAACAAACUUUUAAAUGAUAAUGUGGACCACAUAUACAACGAAAUUUAUAACAAAGAAAAUGUAGAUGAUAUAUUUUUCGUGUUUGAUACGAACCCUUAUAAUUACUUAAAUGUUACCAUGAGCGUCUUUUCUUUGUACAAAAUUACCACGAGCUACUUGAAUGAAAGACGACAGAGAGUGAUUUCUUCUCUUAGAGGAAAGAAGAUCGAUGUGCUAUCAUCAAGGGAACCAAGUAAGGGUUCACUGACGAGAGACAGCCUAAAUGAUAAUUUCCUCACCAUGGACGGAGCAGGAGAGGACACAUAUGGAGAGGUAGACGAUCACAAUAUUCUCAAGUUGAAGGAAGAAAGGAGGAGACUACAUCACAUCACACGGAAUAGGAACUUCAUGAGAAUUGUAGGCAGCAUAAACAAGCAUCUUAAAAUUAUAUAUAAAAUAUUUUCCAGCAAUGAAAAAUUAACGACUUACGAAAAGAAUAAAGACAUGUACAAAUUUAUUCCCUAUAUAAAUAUCAAGGACAUUAUUACCAUUUUGAGGUGCUUCUCCAUUUUGAAAUUCGAUCACACAAAUAUUUUUAAGUACAUAUAUUUUUUCCUCGUUUUUUUUAUGGACCAGUUUGAUAUGUUCCUUCUGUGCGAGGCUGUGUACCUUUGCUUGGUGAAAAAAAUCUACGUCCGCCCUCUCUUCCUCAAUUUUUCCAAGAGGCUUCUGCGGUACCUGCAGGGGGUCGCUGAGGGAAGCGGUGCGGGAAGUGGUACGGGAAGUACGCGAAGUGUUAAGGCAAAAGCUGGUAUUGUCAAGGAGGAUGUCUCGCACGAUGGCGGUGUCGCUUCCUCACCCUACGAAGAGGCAAACUUGGAGGCCUUCUGCCUCCACAUGGACCAGUCACUGCGCAGAGACGACCCCGAACCAGACCACUUUGCCUCCUCCCCAUUUCACAUGAAGCACUUCACCUACUCCAUCUACCACAAUGCAAACUACUCCUCCUUAAACAAUUCCCAAGAUGAGCUGGAAAAGGAAAAGGUGCAAAAAAGUACUGAUGUGAAGAACAAAUAUGCUGCCCAAGAUUUGAGACACGCCAAAAGAGAGUUCAUCGAUUCGGGCCAAGCACAAAGCAAGUCGAACGAAUCCACACAAUUGGCAUCCUCCGGUCUGGUCAGUAGUCGACCCAUUUGCUUCCCUGUGUACUGUUUGUACACCCUGUGCAAGUUCCCCUACACAAAUGUACAAAUAUUAAAUUUGAUCACGUCUCAAGUUAUGGAAAAGGCACCAGACCUAAGCAUAGAAGAGCUCAUUCUAUCAUUUUACAGUCUUGCUGAGUUGGAGGUCGACUCUCCUGAAGUUUUAAAUGUCCUCUUUUUGCUAAUUUUGAAGUCUCUUCAUUUGUUAGACUACAGAAAUAACGGCCUAGUUACAAAGCUGAUAAGGGCGUUGUAUUUGGUUGACGGGGCAAUUUCUGCUGCUCCCGGUGAAGAGAAGAGAUCUGAAGAGAGGCGAUCUGAAGAGAGGCGAUCUGAAGAGAAGCGAUCUGAAGAGAAGCGCCCUGCAGAGGUGAAAACACUCAUGGUGCACUACCUAGCCAAAAUGGUUUUUCAGAAUCGACACAACUACACGCCGAUCGAACUGGUAGAUAUCAUUCGGUACAUGUCGGCAUUUGCACACAUGGACAAGGAACUUUUCAACUUUGUUUAUGAGAUGCCAUUUUUACAAAACUUGAAUCAAGACACAUUGGAUUAUUAUAAGAACAACGUGUACUUUAAUCAGUCCUAUUAUGCUUACACAAAAGACAGCAGCGUUAACACUCCCAUCGAGAUCAUGGUGUGCAAGCUGUACCAGUCGUACUUGGCGUACCGCGCGUGGGGGGCAGCAUCACCAGAGAAGGGCGGCUUACUACAGAACAGUGACGUCCCCGCCCUGAAAGCCAUUCGCGCGCACAACGAUAAGGUGAAGCCGUUUCAGUAUGGGCUAAAGCUACUGCAGCUGUUCAAACAAACCUACACAAACAACAUGAGCACAACCUCCUACAGCUCCUCCUCUCUGCAUUACGAAAUAGCAGACAUAAUUAAAAAAGAUUUAAAAAUUCCUUGUCAUGUGGAAUACGUGACGGACAAGGGGCUCUGCAUUGACAUUGUUAUCCUUCGUGAGGAUUUGAUAAAAUUUGACGCAUCUUUUAAUAGACUCCGUAACAUCGCGAUAGAGGUGAAUGGCCCAUUCCACUACAAGACCAAGUCGUACAGCGGGGGAUUUCCAGCCCUCAACACGAAAACGGUCGUCAAGCAGAGGCUGCUGGAGCAGGACAACUGGCACGUCAUCUCUCUCCCCUUUUGGGAGGUGAAGCCAUGGUUUAGCAAGAGUAGAAAGGAGAAUUACAUCUUACGAGUGCUCCCCGAUGAACUAAAGUCCUUUUUCAGUGACAAAGUGGGGGCGUCUUAA